AUGGUAUUUUGGCCAUUUGUUUUUUCAUUGUUACUGCUCAUAUUCAGUACAAGUAAAGGUAUAGCAGGUCAUGUAGCGAGAACAGGGGAGGUGGUUAACAUAGCUGAUGUGUACGCUGACCCAAGGUUUAACAGAGAAAUAGACCGCCAGACAGGCUACACCACACACAACAUGUUGGCCAUGCCUAUCAUCAGUAAGGGGGCGGUCAUUGGGGUGGUACAGAUGGUCAACAAGAGGAAUGGACCCAGGUUUAGUUCUGCUGAUGAAUCUGCUUUUAAGACAUUUGCAGUUUAUUGUGCCCUAGCUCUUCACAUUUCAAAGGCCUACAGGGACAUGCGUCAUCAACAGAACCUGUUCAAUGUGGCCAGGGAGAUGGUAGGAUACUACACACAAUGCUCUGCAGAGGAAGUUGAGGCACUCUUGGCAGAUCCUUUCCCAAGAAACUUUCCUGAAGAUUUUUUCAAAAUUACAUAUGACUGCAAAGGCCAUGAAAACCAGAUGGUAAAACAGAUGGUCUACAUGUUCUAUGACUUAUUUGGAACUGCAAGGUUUGACUUGGAGACCCUGUGCCGCUUCGUCUUAUCUGUGAAAAAGAGCUACCGCCACGCGGUGCCCUACCACAAUUUUGCCCAUGGCUUCUUUGUGUGCCACUGUCUGUACUUGGUUUUGAGAGAAUUACGCUGGGAACUCUUUACAGAAAAUGAGGCCCUGACACUGAUGGUUGCUGCUCUGUGCCAUGAUGUGGACCACAGAGGGAAGAACAACUCCUUCUUGCAGAAGCUAAAUGAACCCCUGUGGCACAUCUACAGCGGCUCUGUGAUGGAGAAACACCACUUCCAGUGCACUGUUGGCAUUUUGCAGAAACAAGGUCAUGAUUUGUUUGGCUCCAUGGGUUCAGAGGAGUACAAGGAGGCCCUCGGCAUGGUCAGGACCGCCAUCUUGGACACGGAUCUACUCCAGUUCCUGCCGGCACAGAAGAAGGUGGCCAAGUGGCUGGAGGACGGGGUCUUUGAUGUCAACAAUCCUGAACACAGGGGAGAAUUCAUAUCAAUUCUUAUGACUGCCUGUGACCUGAACAGCAUGUGCAAGCAGCAGGAAUGCCACAUCCGUGAAGUCUCUUUGUUAUAUGAAGAGUUUUAUAAACAGGGUGAUGAAGAAAAACUGCAUGGGGUGGAACCUCUCCCCAUGAUGGACAGAAGUCAGAAGGAUAAAAUUCCAAGUCAACAGGUGGGCUUCAUUAAGCACAUUUGCAUCCCCUGCUAUACCACCAUUGUCCACAUCUUGCCUUUUAUGCAGCCCAUGUUAGACGGCCUUCAGAGGAAUUUAGAGUACUGGCAAAGUUUACAAAACAAGGAAGCCAUGUGGGAACCGGAGAAAUCUCGCCCUACCCCAGAGAGUUAAUGGGUGGAGCUGUGCAUGCACACCUUACAGUAGCCUUUUUAAAAUGUAAAAAUGAACAUGUACUUCUGUAAUAUCUGUAUUGCAGUUGAAGGCAAAUUAUCAUUCUUAAGCAUGAAAAUGGUCAAUGUUCAAUAUUUAAAACAAAACAGUUGUCACAGUAUAUUUCAAAUAUU